AGCUAGGUAGCGUAGCGGGUAUCAAGCUAGCCAUUAGGGAGCUAGCUAGCGGUUAGCUGUAGUAGUACCGCUCGGCUCGGUAAAUCAUAUUUUUGUUGUUUCUACAGCAACCUUAAAUGUCUUCGGUGUAGCUGAGAUAUUGGUGAUAAAUGUCUACAGUGUGAGAAAGCGAGGUUGGAGGUUUCGAGGCCGUGUUUUGUGGUUGAGUUGACUCUGGAGGGGAAGAUGUGCAAUGGAAUGAUAGAGUCAAUAUCAAAAGCCUUUUGGGCCCACACCUCAGCCACUAAACGGUCCUUCUCGUUGCUGCUGGUACUGACUGUACUGUCCACUGGGCAAGGGUCAGGAUGUGUGAGGCCAUAUAUGGUCCAGAACAGCUGGGUAAACCUCACAGAAACCAACAGGGGCUCGUUCCCCGUGGGCACAGUACUGCAGUACAGCUGUGACCCUGGUUACCUGCCAGACGGACCCAGCAUCCUCACCUGCACCACACUGGGACGCUGGUCCUCUGAACCUCCUCACUGUAUACGCAGUGGUGCAUGUCUACCCCUCUCAAAACCUGGGAAUGGGGGCUACACCUGCCAUCCAUCCCCCUGUCGAAUGUUUUCCCAUGGCACUGUGAUUGAGUUCUUCUGUGAUGAGGGCUUCUUUCUCAGUGGCGACUAUAACUACCUGACCUGUCAGGAUGGACAGUGGGAUGGCCCAAUGCAGAUCAGUUGUGUGAGCCAAGGUUGUAUAAGACCCUCUACGUUGCAGGAUGGCUCAACUAAUCUGACAGACACCAACAAGAGCUCGUUCCCUGUGGGCACAGUGCUGGAGUACAGCUGUGACCCUGGUUACCUGCCAGACGGACCCAGCAUUCUUACCUGCACCACACUGGGACAUUGGUCUUCUGAACCUCCUCGUUGUAUACGCAGUGGUGUAUGCCAGCCUCCAUAUCAGCCAGAGAACGGGGGCUACACCUGCCACCCCUCCAUAUGCGGAAGACUUUCUCAUGGCACUGUGAUUGAAUAUUUCUGUGAUGAAGGCUAUAUUCUGAAGGGAGACUAUAAAUUCCGUACCUGUCAAUACGGGAAAUGGGACAACCUAAUGCCGAUCAGCUGCCUCAUGGAGAAAGGUUGUAUAAGACCUUCUACGGUGCAGCAUGGCUCAACUAAUCUGACAGACACCAACAAGAGCUCGUUCCCUGUGGGCACAGUGCUGGAGUACAGCUGUGACCCUGGUUACCUGCCAGACGGACCCAGCAUUCUUACCUGCACCACACUGGGACAUUGGUCUUCUGAACCUCCUCGCUGUAUACGCAGUGGUGUAUGUCAGCCUCCAUAUCAGCCAGAGAACGGGGGCUACACCUGCCACCCCUCCACAUGCGGAAGACUUUCUCAUGGCACUGUGAUUGAAUAUUUCUGUGAUGAAGGCUAUAUUCUGAAGGGAGACUAUAAAUACCUUACCUGUCAGUAUGGGGAAUGGGACAGCCAAGUGAAGCUCAGCUGCCUCAUGGAGCAAGACCGAAAUCCAACUUUACCAUUGGGGAUGCCUGCCUUGUCCAUAGUGGCAUCCACAGCCAGUUCAGUGGCCCUAAUCCUGCUCCUGGUGGUGCUGUUUGUACUUCUGCAGCCAAAAAUCAAGUCCCUCCAUCGACGGGAUCAGGGUGUGUCUGGCCAGCCUGUGUCAAUCAUGGUGGAAGGAGUCCAGGUGGCUCUGCCCUCAUAUGAGGAAGCUGUGAGUAGUAGUGGAGCCUCAGCCCUCAGCUCGGAGUCUCGAGUCCAGAUAGUGCUGUCUGAGGGCCAGCAUGCCACAGCGCCAGAGGCUGGCCCGUCGAGGCCUUCAUCCCUCAAACAGCAGCAGUCGGAGAUGGCUGUGGUCCACCUUGUACCACCGUCCACAUCCUCCUCGUCACCCUCACCCUCAUCCUCUACCUGGGUUCUGGAACAUGCAGGUGCUGCAGCUCCUUCAUCCUCACAAAGAAGGCCGUCUGCAGGCAGCGACCAACACAGCCUGUCUCUGGACUCUGAGAUGGACUACUCUGAUGAUAUGCCACUGCUGAAGGAGGCCUGAAAAAUGCUGCAGCCUUUGGACUUACCCGAGACAACCAGCGUUGUUACUGAGCUGUACUGGUGAUGGGAUGCCUCGAGAGUUUGUCAACACAGCUGUCAACACAGACGAGCCCAACUGAAGAGGCUUUGAGUGAAGCUGUGAGUCACUCAAAAUAGUUCCUCUGACCAUCCCAAAGGAGAGCAGAGAAGGGAUUCACAUGUACAUACAUGCUUACAUUUUUUAUAGGAAUUCCUACACUAUGUAUGUACAUCUAAUGUCUGAAGCUCAGUUUGAAAAUGUAGAACAAAAACAGUAAGGAACAGGCACCUCUGAAGGAGUGUGUCUUAAAGGCUGUUGAAAAAAAAGACUGAAUGAAUAGGCAGAGCUGCUCAUUUUGGGAGCUGAUAAUCUCAUCAGUGUCUUGUUUAUUGUUAUUUUUCUUUAACUGCAUAUCACUCCAUUUAAGACACAUACUGGCAAAGACUCAUGAAGGCCAGGUAACCUAAGUCAUGCACACAUACAACAUUGUCUUCAAAGAUUUUUUUGAUUAAUAGAUCAUUAUUUAAGGUGUUAUUAAUCAUGACUCACUCCAGUCCACAUGUCACUGUACAGUUUAAGGCUGCUUGUUGAGUUCACUCUGCUGUGUUUUUCAUUGGAUUAAGGGCAAACACUUUAUGAGACUUCAUUCAACACAUUUCAUUCUUGCAAAGAGUUCUGAUGUAUUCUCUUCAUACUCAUACCCUUGCUCCCAAUGGCCUUAGCUUUCCACUUCUAUGCACAGGUAUGUUUAAUAUGUAAAAUAAGGAAUUUUAAAAAUGAAUGUACAUUAAAUGCCUCCACUGCUUAGUGAUAUUAUGUGUGGCUUUGUCAGACACAUCACUUGUACACCGGAAAAUAUUAUUCUUUUUUUAUGCAGGCUGCUUGGAAAUUCCUGUUUAACUUAACAGGAAAUUGAAAUAUGUAUUUAAAUUAUUUGUGUCCAGAAUGCUGUUGAUCAGCCAUGACUUCUUUUGAUAAAGUUUAAAAAAAAAAAAAAAAACACACAAAGGUAGGUCUUUUCACUUUGCCGCUUCAGUUUUAAUCCUACUGCAGGCACGUUAUAUGUGACACUGUAAACAUGGUUGGAAAGAUCCAACACAAAAAUGAGUAGGUGUACAGAUUAGUGUAAUGUCAGUGUUUGCUUUCUUUCACUGUCCAUUGAAUUUACUUUUGGACUGAGGAAUGGAUUUUUUGGUUUGGGAAGAUGGUAUUUUAAUAUAUGUAAAAAGUUAAGUUUACUCUGUAUAUAUACCAUACGAUCAUUUUGAUUAAAUAUCAUUUGAGGUGUUCAAA